GAGUCCAUGUGGAAGGGCCAAUGUAUGCGCCAGGCCUGCAGGGAAUCGAAACUUAAGCGGGACUGCGGAGUGCCAAAUAUCUAUGGUGAAAACAGAUACAAAGUCUCGGUGGAUAUCUUCCUCCUUGCUGUUGACCACCAUCAUUUCCCAGUGUUUUAUUCCGCUGUGACAGAUGACACGCCGCUGAACUUCUCCUCAGUUCAAUGAACUUCCCCACUCGGUCGGAAGACCAGCAUGGACAGUGCCAGACAGAAACGCAAGGAAGAGAUAAGCAAAGCUCUGAUAUUUAUACAGUCUUCUCUGGCUUAUGCUGAGCCUGAAGGCUACCAGCUCAAAAAACACAAUGUGUUACAGCGGCCAGUAUUUCACAUAUGAAGACUUCUUGACCAAUUUGGUGUGCAACCUGCUUGAUGAAGGCAAUACCCUGUUCGAAGAGAGAGAAUGGGAUCAGGCUGUGAAGGAGUUCAGUGAAGGCCUGAAUGUCUCAGAGUACGCUGCAGCAGAGGAGAUCCAUAUCCCAGAAGCUUUGCUGGAGAGUUUGUAUGUCAACCGGGCUACUGCCUAUUACACCAUGGGGGAAUAUGAUCAGGGUGUUGCGGACUGUGACGAAGCUCUGGAGGUGUGUAAGGAGAGCUACAGGGCACUGUACAGGAAAGCACUCUGUCUAAAGGAGCUGGGGAAGCACAAGGAGGCCUACAACUGCACCACAGAGUGUCUGCUUAUCAAUCGUCUGGACAAACCGGUGAAUGACCUUGCACAGGAGCUGGCUGUCCACUUGGGAUUAAAAAAUCGCAAACCCUAUGUCAGUGCAAAGAAAGAUUUUUCUCUAAAAAGAGUUGUCACAAAUGGAGACACAGCUGCAGAAGCCCACAAGGUACCCAAUGAUCAUGUAGAAAAUAACACAAAUCCUCUGACUGGGAUUGUACCAGGCAGUGUUCCCAGGAUGCCUCAGUCCCUGAUUCUCUCCAGAGCUAAAAGUUGUCAACCGUCUGGUGUGUCUACAGUGCCUGACAGUAUGAUGGACAGUUUGGACGACUGUGAGCUGAUGGGAGAUGACUUGGACAGCCUGCUCGACUCCUUCCCUAAUGAGCCAGAGCCAUGUCAGACCCCGCUCCAUGCAGCUUUCUCCGUCCCGAUCCUGACAUCCCCUCGCAAAGCCACAGCCCCUUCUGUCCUGCCAGCUCCCACUCCUCAGCUACCCCCGGCUUUCUUCAACUCCCCCGUCAGUCAACUCAACUCCUUGGACAUCUUUUUAGACAGUGGGGGCGGUACCUCCACACUAGAUGUUCUGGACGACCUCUCGACCACACACGGCCUAGAUGCUUUAGAUGACUUCCCCUCUGGAGUUAGAGGUAGUACAGACAGUCCAAACAGACUGACCCCGACGCUAGAUGACCUGGAUGACUUACUGGAUACAAUACCAAAUACAACAGAAACGCCCAAGUCCACAACAGAGCUGGACCCCAAGAGAGAGUACCAUGUAGAUUCUUUGGAGACAUUCCCCAAUCUCAGACCUCAGAGCGGUGAUGUCUCUAAAACUAGUGUAAAUACUGUGAACUAUCUUGACUCCCUUGAUUCCCUGGACUCAUUUUCAUCAGUGGAAGGUGCAGCUUUAUCUGCCAUCUCAGCUGUGGACUCGGUCAACGAUUUCCCAUUAGCAGGUAUAAUAGAAUCUCACAGAGUUGCUGCUCCAAUAAUGCAAUCUCCAAAGAGUAAAUACAAAGAGAGGAAUAACCAAGCCCCAGCCACAGUCUGUAAUCCCCUGUCAUCCACCCAUGAGUUCAUGCAGGCCUGCUCUGCUUGUUUCCCUCGACAAGGUGAAGGGAUUUAUACUUUUGUUCAUAAACCAGACCUGGUCCACAACUGCAAGCGAGACAUUUUGUUAUGCAGGUAUAAAGCAAGCUUUUCUUCAGCGUGGACUAGAGUGAGACCGAUCCCUAACUGCCCUGCCUUCGCUGGACCAUUUGUACUGUGCAAGGAGCUUCAGAAAUCUGGGGACAAGGGCCUGUGUAAAUACGGAGAAAUGUGCACAUUUGCUUUCAACCCAUUGGAGAUUGACGUUUGGACUCUGGAGAGGAAGGGGCUGCUUGACAGAAGAUUACUGUUUGAACCAUCAUCUGCCAAACAGGACCCUAUAAACAGCAUUAUACGCCUUCUGAAGGACCACAAGGGCAUGUUUAUAUUUCUCUGUCAGGCAUGCUAUGAUGGUAAACCUACAAUCAUCAGUAAACGCAGCAAAGACAAUCACACCAUCUGCUCUAAUACGAAUGCUCGACACAUAUUUGAUGCUAAUAAGUGUUUGGCUUUUGUGAUAAAGACCCCCAGUGUGAGAUACAGAAAGGUCCGUCCACUGAGCGUCCUGUGCUGCCUUGAUUUGUGUCAUCACAACAUCCGCUACGGGUGCCUGAAAGAGAACAACUGCCAAUUUGCCCACUCUGAUAUAGAGCUCAAAACAUGGAGGGUGCAGAGAGACACAGGGAUCAAACCCGAUGAAAUUGUCAAAGUAUCAACAGAUUACUAUGAAAAGCAGGAGCAGAGUCAAAGUAAACAAAAAGGCAGUAAAAUGUCUGUUGGAGGUGGUAGAAGCAAAGCAAGAGGAGGAGGAGCUGAGACGAGUCUUGAUAUGAGGAUGAGGUUUGCCUGCUCUCUCUGCUGGCCUGGCCGGAUCAGUGAGCCAGACAAAGCCCUCAAAUAUUGCACUGCCAAAGCCAAACACACGUGGACUAAAGACAGACGAGUAUUGCUGGUGUUGUCCUUGGAGAGAAGUAAAUGGGUUAUGGUCCGACCCCUGCCACAUUCCAAGAACUUCCCAGUGCAGUAUGAUAUAUGUACACAGAUACUGGACAAAGGGAAAUGUAACUACAUUGGAAACUGCACAUUUGCUCAUAGCCAAGAGGAGAAGAAGAUGUGGAUGUAUAUGAAGAAUAACGACUUGCUGGACAUGCAGCAGAUAUAUGACAUGUGGCUGUCACUAUCUGCCCAGAACCGUCAAACAAAUGGAUCUGUGCUCACCCAGUCUGUCCCAGAAGAGAAAUUCAUUGUCAUGCCUACUGACUAUGCUGAGCCAAUGAGUGGCUUCCACUGCGAGCUAUGUGGUAAACACAGCAACAGUGAGCGGCAGUGGCAGAAACACAUCUCAACUGAAAAGCACAAAGACCGUGUAUUCAGCUGUGAAGGACAAGAUGAGUCUCUGACGUGGAACUACCGUUUCCCUGCCAAAAACUUUGAACUGUGCCCCAAGUUGAAUGGUGACUGUCCUGAUGGUGUGUGCUGUGACUACGCCCACAGCCCGGAAGAGCUGCAGGAGUGGAUUGAGAGGCGAGACUUACUGCGACAUAAGCUCGCUAAAGCCCGUAAAGACAUGCUCAUCAUGCCGCAUGAGUCUGACUUUGGGAAGUACAACUUUCUACUUCAGGACUGAAAACUUGUUAUGUAACUCUCGGAAGAUGUGAUUGACAUUCAAAGUGCUGCCAAAUGAUCACUGAACGGGACAAAAUAUGUCAUGCACUCUUUCCUUUAAAACAGUUUUGAUUUCCUGAAACACUUUGUGGGGAAACUAAUAUAGCUAGUAUUAAUGCUCAUUCUCAUUCAAGUCUCUGGAACAAACCCAGUGUUCAACAUAGAUAUUCCCAAGGGAUUCAUGUUUUAUCCAAUGCAUUUUGUGUCCUAUGAUACUGAGUCUAAAUUCAGAUUAAUUUGAUAUUUUCUUCUGUUUGUUUCCUUUUAAUACUUACUGUGCAGUGGCAUGUAUUAGGACAGACAUAGUUCACUAACAGUAAAAAAAAAUAAAAUAAAAUAAAAUGAUUUAAUUCACCAAAGUUUAGUAAUAUUCUGUUAAGUGGAAUAUUUGCCUCCGCCAAGGAGGUUAUGUUUUUGCCAGGGUUUGUUUGUUUGUCUGUCUGUCUGUUUGUCUGUCCGUUAGUGUGCAACAUAACUCAAAAGUUAUGGACAGAUUUUGAUGAA